GAGGGCUGGCCCUCCCCAUUGGCCCGGCCCUCAUAUUGAACGGGCCAAUGGGAGCUGCGGUUUCAGGUCGCCAUAGAGACCGAUGCUGUUCAGCGCAAGAGGGCCUGGAGAAGAUAUGGAAAAAAAUGAAUCAAAGAGACCGACCAUUCAUGACAAUUCAGAGAAAUGAUAGCUCAGAUCAUCUGGUAUUGCAUAUGAAAAAUGAGAUGAGAAACACCAAGUACAAACCAGUAGACUAUCAACAAUUGCGUGUAUUAACUGAAGCAAAGAAAUUAGCUUCUGCCUCUGCAGAGCUAAAGAUCAGAAAAGCAAUGUUGACUUCAAAGAUAUCCAAAGAACAAACACUAAUAAAACAACACAAGCAAGUGUGGUGGCAGGAAUACCAGAGGCUGAAUGAAGUCAGAUGUAAAAUGGAAUCUGAAAUAAAAUCCCUUCUCAAUGAAGAGAACAUUGGAAACGAAUGUCUUUGUGACCUUACAAAUUUUGAGCAAGAGCUAUCAGAACAAUGGUGCACAUAUCUUAAAAAUGUGAUAAAUCCUAUUCAGCAGCUGAGAGCAGAUCUAAAAUACAGACAGCAUCACACUUUGCAGCAUUCACACCCACAUGUUGAGUUUAACUCUGUGAAAGUAUUGGAAGAGGUUGACUUUGUGAAGAAACAAUUGAAAACUGUCUUUGAAAGACUUAGCCUGGAGCAACAGAGAAUAGAAAAUGAUCUUUCAGGCUGGAGUAUAAAGAUUCUAGAUCAUUCUUUGGAAGAAAAGACUAACCUGCUUAGUGAACUGCCCAUUGAAUUAGGAAGUUUGGAAUGCCCAUACCCUGAUUUGAAAUCUUCAAUCCACAGUGAGUUCUGUAAGUUUACACAGAAAUAUCAAAAGAAGCUUCAAGAUGUUGAUCUGCAGUUGGAAGACAUAUACAGAAACUGCCAACUAAGUGAAGAAGACCACUGGAUUUACCAGGCUAUUUUGGAUCAGUACCCUGGAGGUCUCUUUGGAAGAAGGACUCUGUAUCUGGACAUGUUACAAAGAUAUUUUCCUCACAAAUCUAGGCAUGAUUUGAUUGAACAUGAGAAAUAUUGUGACCAAUAUCGCUUUGCUAUGGAGCAGCGAAAGAUCUUGAUAUCAAAUUGGAAUAAAAAUAAGAAAGACUUUACACAGAAGGCUGUGCUGACACUCAUUGAGGCUUGUGCAGCUCAUGAAAUGGAGAGCACAUUGGCUAAGGACAAGAAAAAGCAACAGGAAUUGUGUGCUGAUCUGAAAGCCAAGGUUCUUCAAUGGCGAGCCCACCAGGAAGAGGUAGCAAGACUGGAAAUGGAAAUUUCUGCCAGAAGAAGAGAAAAGGAAGAGGAGAAAGAGAAAUUGUGGAAGAAGAAGGAAUUGUUGCAAAGGGCAGAGAAGAAAAAAAAAAUUAAAAAAUACUGGGCUAUGAAAAAACAGAAGUGGCAAGAAAUGGAAAUGAGAGAUCUUCAGCGUCUAGAAGAACUGAAGAAAUUAAUGGCUGAACAGUCACUAAAAGACAGAGAAAGGGUUAAAUAUAGAAAAGAAUUAUUGGAAAGGCGUUUGAUGGAGAAAAAGGAAGCGGCCCUUCAAGAAGCUCAUGAAGACAAAGAGAGAGCGAGGCGGCUAGAAGCCCUUAGGAAACAGGUUGCUGUUGUUGCUCAAUUUGAUCCUGUUAGAAUGAUGUCAGAUACAAUGGCAUCGAAAGCUAGGAUGGGCAUUGAAAUUGAAGAAGAAUUUAUUCUUCAAAAGCCACUCUUCACAUUGAAUACAUACAAUGAACAGCAGAUAAUUUCUGACCCUAGACUUCGCUUCGAGUUAGCGCUUCGAGAAGCUGGACUUCAUAGAACACUUUAUGCCAAAGAGAUAUUACCAAAAAUUAGUCCUCGAAAACCUCCAAGGAAGGACAUGGAGUCUACUGUAUUUAAAAUAUAGAGCUCAUCCUCAAAUUCUAUAUGUAAAGAGCAUUUUUCUUUGAAAACAUUUAUAUGGAUAAUAAUAAUUACUACUUUCUAAAAUGUUUGAAAUAUCAGACAUAGAAAUCAUAGCAUCUAUUAAAACAACUUUGCCUUUCUUUUGUGAUUCUUAGAAUUUUAUGCACUAUAUUUCCUGUAUCUUUAAGUUAUAUUUAAUAGUACUAAAUUCCCCCAAAUUAUGGAACUUAAUUAUGGCACAUAAAGUACUUAUACUAUAAUUUAGCAAACUGCAUGUUGGAGGUUGUGUUAUCCUAUAAAAAGAGCUCAAAAUAA